UUAUUGUUCUUUAAGCUUCUCAGAGGUUGCCACAAUGGCUUCUAUUUCCUUAUCUGCUUUGGGUCUGUGGGAGGAGGCAGGAAUGCUGGCCUAUGGCUUAAUAUCUUUGCUUUUGUUCUGGUGACAGAAAUCAAUCUUGGGGCUCAGUAUGAACAGAAAUGAUCUGUUUCUUCACAGUCUGACUCAUUUUCUCUGUCAGGCUUGUUCUUGGGCUAUGUUCAGGAACAAAUCCUGCUUGUUGGUUCUGCAUCUCCAAUGGAUACUGAGGGGUUUGGUGAGCUCCUUCAGCAAGCUGAACAGCUUGCUGCGGAGACUGAGGGCAUCUCAGAGCUUCCCCAUGUGGAACGGAACUUACAGGAGAUCCAGCAGGCGGGCGAGCGCCUGCGUUCCCGUACCCUCACACGCACGUCCCAGGAGACAGCAGAUGUCAAGGCGUCAGUUCUCCUCGGGUCUCGGGGACUUGACAUUUCCCACAUUUCCCAGCGAUUGGAGAGCCUCAGUGCUGCCACUACUUUUGAGCCUCUUGAGCCUGUGAAGGACACGGACAUUCAGGGCUUCCUAAAGAAUGAGAAGGACAAUGCCCUGCUGUCUGCCAUUGAAGAGUCCCGGAAAAGGACCUUUGGCAUGGCUGAGGAGUACCAUCGAGAGUCAAUGCUGGUCGAAUGGGAGCAGGUGAAACAGCGAAUUUUGCACACACUGCUGGCAUCAGGAGAAGAUGCCCUUGAUUUUACUCAAGAAAGCGAACCAAGUUACAUCAGUGAUGUGGGACCUCCUGGUCGAAGCUCUCUGGAUAGCAUCGAGAUGGCCUAUGCCCGGCAGAUUUAUAUCUAUAACGAGAAGAUUGUAAAUGGGCACCUGCAGCCUAACCUUGUGGACCUCUGUGCUUCCGUCGCAGAGCUGGAUGAUAAGAGCAUUUCUGACAUGUGGGCCAUGGUAAAACAAAUGACAGAUGUGCUGUUGGCGCCUGCAAGUGAUGCCCUGAAGAGCCGCAGCAGCGUGGAAGUGCGCAUGGAGUUUGUCAGGCUGGCCUUGGGAUACCUUGAGCAGAGUUAUAAGAAUUAUACCCUUGUGACUGUCUUUGGAAAUUUGCAUCAGGCCCAGCUGGGCGGGGUGCCUGGAACUUACCAGUUGGUUCGAAGUUUCCUGAAUAUUAAACUUCCAGCUCCCUUGCCUGGACUUCAGGAUGGAGAGGUGGAAGGCCAUCCUGUGUGGGCAUUAAUUUAUUACUGCAUGCGCUGUGGAGACUUGCUUGCUGCCUCACAGGUGGUUAACCUAGCCCAGCACCAGCUGGGAGAGUUUAAAACCUGGUUCCAGGAGUACAUGAACAGCAAGGACAGAAGAUUGUCCCCAGCUACAGAAAACAAGCUCCGGCUGCAUUACCGCAGGGCCCUCAGGAACAACACAGACCCGUACAAGCGGGCCGUGUACUGUAUUAUUGGCAGAUGUGAUGUCACUGACAACCAGAGUGAAGUGGCGGACAAAACCGAGGACUACCUGUGGCUGAAGUUAAACCAAGUGUGUUUUGAUGACGACGGCACCAGCUCUCCACAAGACAGGCUCACUCUCUCACAGUUCCAGAAACAGUUGUUGGAAGACUAUGGUGAGUCCCACUUUACCAUGAACCAGCAGCCCUUCCUCUACUUCCAAGUACUGUUCCUGACGGCGCAGUUUGAAGCUGCAAUUGCCUUUCUCUUCCGCAUGGAGCGUCUGCGCUGCCAUGCCGUCCACGUGGCACUGGUGCUAUUUGAGCUGAAGCUGCUUUUAAAAUCCUCAGGACAGAGUGCUCAGCUCCUCAGCCAUGAGCCUGGUGACCCUCCCUGCAUGCGGCGGCUGAACUUUGUGCGUCUACUCAUGCUCUACACUCGGAAGUUUGAGUCUACGGACCCGAGGGAGGCCCUCCAGUACUUUUACUUCCUCAGGGAUGAGAAAGAUAGUCAAGGAGAAAACAUGUUUCUGCGCUGCGUGAGUGAGCUUGUAAUAGAAAGUCGAGAGUUUGAUAUGAUUCUUGGGAAACUAGAGAAUGACGGAAGUAGAAAGCCUGGAGUCAUAGAUAAGUUUACUAGUGACACAAAGCCUAUUAUCAACAAAGUUGCUUCCGUGGCAGAAAAUAAAGGACUGUUUGAAGAAGCAGCAAAGCUUUAUGACCUUGCCAAGAAUGCUGACAAGGUGUUGGAGCUUAUGAACAAACUGCUGAGCCCUGUUGUCCCCCAGAUCAGUGCACCUCAGUCCAACAAGGAGAGGCUCAAGAAUAUGGCACUCUCCAUUGCUGAACGAUACAGGGCUCAGGGGAUAAGUGCAAAUAAAUUUGUGGACUCUACAUUCUAUCUUCUAUUGGACUUGAUCACCUUUUUUGACGAGUAUCACAAUGGUCAUAUUGACAGAGCCUUUGAUAUAAUUGAUCGCUUGAAGCUGGUGCCCCUGAAUCAGGAAAGUGUGGAAGAGAGAGUGGCUGCCUUCAGAAAUUUCAGUGAUGAAAUCAGGCACAACCUCUCAGAAGUGCUUCUCGCCACCAUGAACAUCUUGUUCACACAGUUUAAGAGGCUCAAGGGGACGAGUCCAUCCUCAGCAUCCAGGCCCCAGCGAGUCAUCGAGGACCGCGACUCUCAACUCCGAAGUCAAGCCCGAGCCCUUAUUACCUUUGCUGGAAUGAUCCCGUACCGGACAUCUGGGGACACCAAUGCGAGGCUGGUGCAGAUGGAGGUCCUCAUGAAUUAAGUGCCAUGCUUUGGGGGGCUUCUGGGACUGCACGCGGUCAGGCGCAUGGGCCCCUGGGGUGGGGCUUCUGGUUUUGUUUCUGUUGUGUUGUGUUUUGUUUUUUGUAUUAUGUAUUUUUGUCAGCACCAAUAAAUUUCUUUGAUUUGUGUUUCUUUUUAA